AAACUGUGGAAUAUAUCUGCUUGUCAUCAUAGAGCUUGUGUUUUCAUCUUUUUUUUUUUUUUUCCUUUCCCUAAUUCUCUAGAAGAAUCUGAAGAAGAUUAGUGUUAUGUUAUCUAGUUUUCUCCUGUUCUUUGUUGGUUAGAGGCAUUUGAGGUGAUUCUGUGAAGGUACAGCCACACCAACAUGAGUAUCCAGUGGACAUUGAUUGCCGGGGUGAUGUAUGCUGAGCUGGCAGCAACUAUACUGAUGCUCAUACCUUUCAUUUCCCCCACAAGAUGGCAUCAUAUCUUCAAGUCCAGGUUCCUGCGCAGCAUUGGAAAUAUGUCUCAUAUAUACUUCAAGAUGUUCCUGCUGUUGCUUGUACUGUUCUUCAUUGAUGCCAUCAGAGAGAUGAGGAAGUACAGUGGGGAGCUUGCAGAGCAGAGUCGGGGCGACCACGGCCACCACCUGGAUGCUGAGAUGCAGGCUCACAUGAGACUCUUCAGGGCUCAGCGAAAUUUCUACAUCUCUGGGUUCUCUCUUUUCCUCUGGGUGGUGCUGCAGCGUCUGGCCACCCUCAUCUCUCGGCUGGCUGUCACUAUGGCUGACAGUGAGGCUGCCAUGAAGCAGGCAAAGAGUGCCUCUGAUGCUGCUGCUCAGCUGCUCAAGCAGGAAAAGGUGGAGCAGGAGGAAGAUCAACAGAAAGAAGCCAAUGUCUCCAAUGAAAUCAAGGAGCUGAAGGAAGAUAAGAAACGCUUGGAGGCAGAGCGUGAUGCAGCACUGAAGCAAGCCACUGCCGUGAGCCGAGAGUAUGACCGCCUGAUGGAGGAACAUGCUGAUUUACAAGCUAAGCUGAAGAUGGCUGAAGGUGUGGUAGAAUCAAAGAAGGAUGAUUAGGCUCUAUGUGCUGAGAUCAUAAAAAAUGGUGCCACAGAGGGAGUGCUGUGUGAGCUUAGAGUGUUCCAGCAAUUUUUUCCAUAACAGCAAGCAGCUUUAAGAAAUGUACUGCAAUUUGAAGCAACAACAUGUAGCUUCUUUUACACACUUUGGAAGAGAUCUGGUUUCAGUAUAUUAUUUUGGAAACUCAUACUUGUCUCAGCUCUUCAGCUUCAAGAAUAACCAGAGGAUGAGUGGACUAGUGUCAGCAGACUUGAAGGAUAGUUAUAUGUAUUUAUUUGGCCAUGUUUAUCCUAUGUAUCAUGUGUUUGAGCUGAAGAACAAAGUUUCUUAUCCCAGAGGUUGUAUUUAGCUGCUGUUCUACACCACUUCCACCUUGACCACUCUCAUACCUUGGUUGUGUGAAGAAGUUAUUGUGGCUUGAUGUGGUUUGGAAAUGAUAAAAGCAAAAGUAGCAAUUCUUUGAGUGUCGGGUUGUAUUGAUUUUGAGGUAUGUAUUGUGAAAUGGUGUAUAUCCUAUUAUUCAGUAUAUUUAGAAUAAAUCUUAUGAAAUUCUGUGCAUACAAAUUGCAGAUUUACCAAAAUGUAAUUAUAAUUUAUUUUAAACUUAUCUCAAAUCUUAGAUAAUAAUGCUCAGGGUUCAUUGAAAUUCAGAAGUGUAAGGCAGUGUAGUAUACAAAGUGUCAGUGGCCUACCCACUCAACCUUUGUCACCCCAGAACUAUUCAUGUGACAUCAGUACAGUAAUAAGCAUGUUGUGUGGCCAUCACUUACUACCCAAGGCUUCCAAACUUUAGAGAGGAAGAAAGAAUAUAUGGAAGUUGUCACUCCUGGGGAAAGUUAUAGAUCAUUGGUCUUAUCAGCAUUUUGUUCUUUGGUUAGUAAUGAUGAUUUGUGUGAACAUUUUGUUAAUUAUUUAGUUGUGAAAUGUUAGCAUUUUGUUGAUUAUUUAACAAUGCUUUGUGUGUGUUUGUGCACACACUUCUUCCUCUAAAGAUGCCAUUGCAUCAGUCACACAGCCAUGCAAUACAGCAGUUCCAAGGCUGCAACCAUGCACAGGCAGCAUUACCUUGAUGAGCUGCUGCUGUUACAUUAUCAACAGUGACUUGUAUAAGCAUGAAAUAUGUCUUUGUAUUGAAACAAUAUACUACACUUAACGUUUGAGGAAGGACUCUGUGUUAUUCACCAGAGUUACAUAGAGAAUCAGUAUCCCUCCCUGCUUGUACACUACCACUUCACUUCCAGUGUUUAUUUAUUUCCUCAUACAUGCAGUUAUUAACCUUUGCUUUAUGCCUUUUAUGUAACCUUUUCAAGUGCAUCAGUACUUCAACAACAGUAAAGUUUGGUGUUGGAUUGUUUCAUAAUAAACUUUAAAAAAGGA